AUGACAUCCCAAACUCUAGCCGGCAAGGUUGCCAUCGUCACAGGAUCAAGUUCCGGUAUUGGCGCAGCCAUUGUCCGCGAGCUUUCCUCUCGAGGAGCAAACACAGUCGUUAAUUACCCCUUCGACAAGUUCAAAGAAGAAGCCGAUGCAGUUGUAUCAUCUCUUCAGACUCCAUCCAUUGCAGUCGAAGCAGACAUGUCGCAGAUAUCAUCACCUCAGAAACUGGUAGAUGCAGCACUCGCGAAAUGGAACAGAAUCGACAUUCUGGUCAACUGUGUCGCAUUAGCCGUGAACAAACCACUAGAGGAGCAAACGCUCGAGGACUGGGAUCUUCUCGUUAAUAUCAAUGGACGUGGCACAUUCCUCCUAACGAAGGCUGUGCUACCACAUAUCACCAAGGGUAGUGGGCGCAUUGUCAACAUAGCCAGCAUUUCGGCCCGGGGUCCACCUCCAAACCAGACUAUCUAUGCUGGUACCAAGGGCAUGGUGGAUUCGUUUACCAAGUGUUGGGCGAAGGAACUUCCGCCCAAAUACGGGUGCACUGUUAACGCAGUUAGCCCCGGUCCUACGAUGACUGAAGGCUUUGCUGCUGCUGGCGAGGAGCAGAUGAAGAUCCUUCAGCCCAUUAUUGAUCAGACACCUGUCGGGCCUCGAAUGGGGCAGCCAGAUGAGAUUGCGUAUGCUGUUGCAUUUUUGUGUGAGGAGCGAGCGCGCUGGAUCAAUGGGACUCAUAUGAUUGCUUCAGGAGGAUUGUUUAUAGAUUAG